UCGACUUUCCCCACCGAAAAAGAAGCAGGGAGGAGAUGCGGAGGGCGUCACCUUCGCCGUCUCCGGCGAGGGGCCCGGCGGUCUUCGCCGCCGCGUUCGUGGUGUUACUGCCGGCCUUGUUCCCGAGGAUGUUCUCUCCGCUCGGCCACGCCUUCCCUUCCCUCUUCUCGGAGUGGAAUGCACCUAAGCCAAUGCAUCCUUCUCUUUUAAAUGAGGCUUUGCGAUGGGCAAUUCCAGCUGAGCAGAAGAGAGAGCUCUGGUCACCCUUGCCAUACCAGGGGUGGAAACCAUGCUUAAAGUCAUCAAUUUCUCAUGCAUUGCCUCUGGAGCCAAGUGGGUACAUACAGGUAUUUCUUGAUGGUGGACUUAACCAGCAAAGAAUGGGGAUAUGUGAUGCAGUUGCAGUUGCAAAAAUUCUUAAUGCUACUCUUGUGAUCCCACAUCUUGAAGUAAACCCUGUUUGGAAGGACUCAAGUUCAUUCGAAGAAAUUUUCGAUGUCGAUCACUUUAUCAACUCCCUAAAAGAUGAUGUUUCCAUCAUCAAAAUGCUUCCAAAAGAAUUUUCUUGGAGCACAAGAGAGUACUAUGGCACUGGCAUCCGUGCUACGAGAAUAAAAACUGCACCUCUUCACGCCUCAGCAAAUUGGUAUCUGGAGAAUGUCAGUCCUAUCCUGCAGAGCUAUGGUAUUGCUGCUAUUGCCCCCUUUUCUCAUCGCCUUGCCUUUGAUGAUUUGCCUGCGGAUCUUCAACGUUUACGUUGCAACGUUAACUUCCAAGCCCUGGUUUUUCGACCUUACAUUAUCUCACUGGGGGAGACUCUUGUGAAGCGCUUGAGGUCUCCUGUUCAGGGGCAUUCUGAUGAAUCUGUCCAUCAAGCUGUAGACCAAAGUACAAAUCAAGAUGGAAAAUAUGCAGUUUUGCAUCUCCGCUUUGAUAAGGAUAUGGCUGCACAUUCAUCCUGUGACUUUGGAGGUGGCAGAGCUGAAAAAUUAGCUCUCGCUAAGUACAGGACGUUGCCCAUUGACCCCAGAAGAGAUUGGCCUGUUAUUGGUAACCCUCGGCUUCGACAGCAGAACUCGACUCUAUCUUGCUUCUCACAAGGUUUGACUCUCUGUGAACUAACUCAUUCAUCCUGGGAAUACCACCGCGCGACGGCCCCGCGCGACGCCCCCGCGGCGCCGCCCCCCGCCGGCCCCCGGCGGCCCCCGCGACGCCCCCCGCGCCGCCCCGCGCCGGCCCCCGCGCGCCGGCCACCGCGCGACGCCUGCUUCUUUAACCAGCUGCUUCUCAGGCCAGCUAACCACCAGCUGGCUUCAGAAUAA